CCUGCUGGAUGUCACCGAGCGUAUCACAGGUAUGGCCUCCCCUUCUGAGCCCAGAGCUCUUCCCAGGGAGCAUUUACAGGGAAUGCCUGUGAGCAGACAGCAGAGCAGCUCCUCCAAACCAGGAGGUGCUGAGCUUGUCCCUGCUGCCCCAUGGCCAAGGCAGUGCCUGUGCAGGGGGUUCAUGCCAGAAGCCCUGAAGUCACCCAGUGCGACGCCCUGCCCGUGCUCUGGUCCUGCCUGGGGAACAAGGCGCUGCCUGUGCCGAGCGCCAACGUCCGCACCGUGGCCACCAAGCUGGCCUCUGCCCUCUGCAAGGUGAUGGGCACCCAGCUGAAGGAAUGUGCUGCCAGCAAGCCUCCACAUGUGCAGGAAAACCUCUCCAGAAUGCUGGGCCGGUGAAGGCGAGAUGUUCUCCAGAAAGCUGAGGAAGCGCUGAGUUGGACACCUCUGGAUUUGCCUUUUGAGCUGUGCCAAA